UUAACCAGUUGGUGAAAUAAAACAUAACCUCUACAGUUUAAAUGUGUAAUCCUAUCACCUUUUGUUGUAGCAUUGAAUCAUAAGAUUUAUUAUUCAAUGGUUGUAGUUAAUAAUGGAUGCUUUCGAUAUUUUUAAAAAAUUGACCCAAGGCGCUCGGUUUAAACGAAAUUCCACUCGCAGCGAAAACCCUGCGAGUACUUUUACCUACAAAACUGCAUUGCCCGAAAAAGUAAAGCUAGAGGAUGCAGAACAGAGUCAGGCCCAGCCUGAGAGUGAUGAAGGUGUGGAUGUGGACGAAAAGGCACUGACCUUACUGGGUACCAUAACGUCGGACAAGCCUAAACUGAAACGUAAGAAGCCAAGUAAACUCAGCAACGAGGAACGAGAGAAGAUUGUACACGAACAGGCGGUUAAUCGUACUCGAAAUCAACUGCACAUAAACGUGUCCGGAAGCGAUAUACCGGAACCGAUAGUGUCAUUCGAUCAGCUGUCCAUUCCUACCGACCUAAUUGUCAAUUUGAAACGGGCCGGUUACAACGAGCCGACUACCAUACAAAAACAAUGCAUUACAGUCAUGCUGGAGGGUAGGCAGGUGCUGGCCUGCGCACCGACCGGCUCGGGGAAAACGGCCGCCUUCGUUGUGCCCCUGAUUCAUCACCUGAAAGGUCCGCAGCGCAAAGGGUUUCGUGCGGUUAUCGUUUGUCCGACGCGCGAAUUGGCCAGGCAGACGCAACGUGAGUGCCUUCUGUUGUCUUUAGGUCGUGGAUUUCGCAUACAUGUCAUACACAAGAAGGCGCUCACUCAAUACGCGCCGAAGAGUUCUCAAAAGUUUGACCUAUUGGUGACGACCCCAAACAGCUUGUGCUACUUGCUGAAACAAGAGCCGCCGGUCAUAUCUCUGGCGAACGUGGAGUGGCUGAUUAUUGACGAAGCGGAUAAGCUUUUCGAGACUGGUCUUAAUUCUUUUCGUGACCAAAUGGAGGAGAUCUUGUUGGCCUGUAGUAAUAAGGAUCGUAAAAUAGGGAUGUUUAGUGCCACUUUGACCACUUUCGUGGAUGAGUGGUGCAAGGAAAAUAUGGCAGAUUUUGUUCGGAUAACUGUGGGGCAAAAAAACGCGGCGACGGACUUAGUCGACCAGCAACUCCUUUUCGUGGGCAACGAGGGGGGAAAACUCUUGGCAUUCCGCGACAUCGUCCGCAAAGGACUCCAGCCUCCCGUCCUCGUCUUCGUACAAAGCAAAGACAGAGCGCAACAGCUCUUCUCCGAACUAAUCUUCGACGGCAUCAACGUCGACGCCAUUCACUCCGACAGGACUCAAACGCAGAGGGACAACACCGUUCGAUGCUUCCGCGAGGGGAAGAUAUGGGUGCUGAUCUGUACCGAACUGAUGGCGCGCGGGAUAGAUUUCAAAGGCGUCAAUCUGGUUAUAAAUUACGACUUUCCUACGUCGGCCAUUUCGUAUAUACACCGCGUGGGGCGCGCCGGUAGAGCGGGACGCUCCGGGAAGGCGAUCACGUUUUUCACUCUGGAAGAUACGGUCAACGUGCGAAGUAUCGCGCACGUCAUUCGCCAGUCCGGGUGCGAGGUUCCCGAGUAUAUGUUGACAAUUAAAAAACGGUCGAAGCGGAAGUUGAAAAAGCUGAAGAGCAGGGCGCCGCGCCGAGAACUGAUUAAUACAACUCCGGCGUAUCAGUUGGACAAGUUGUCGACGAACGGGCGAUACGUCAAACUGCCAAAAGGAGAUGAGAAAAAGAAGAAGAAAGGAACUGUCAAAGGUGGCAACUUGAAAUAAAGCGAUUUUGCAAGU